CCCGGGCCAGGCUAGCAGGCGGGUGGCUGAGACGCCUCCACCUCCUCUUCCUAAAGCGGCGAGGCGCAGAGGAGCGGCAUCACUCGAGCCCAGGUCCCAGCCACCACCACUCACAGCCCUCGGCGUUCAGGAAGACGAGCAGCAGCGGAGGCGGCUGCUUCAGUGGCGGGCGGGCGCCAGAAAGGCCCCUAUCGACACGCCUGGCAGGGCCGCCGAACUACCCCUGGAGGAGGAGCCAGUCCGAACUCAAGGCGCCACCGCCGCAGAAGCCGAGCGAGGCUACAGUCGCCUCCAUGGCCCACUCACCGGUGGCUGUCCAAGUGCCUGGGAUGCAGAAUAACAUAGCUGAUCCAGAAGAACUGUUCACAAAAUUAGAGCGCAUUGGGAAAGGCUCAUUUGGAGAAGUUUUCAAAGGAAUUGAUAACCGUACUCAGCAAGUGGUUGCUAUUAAAAUCAUAGACCUUGAGGAAGCCGAAGAUGAAAUAGAAGACAUUCAGCAAGAAAUAACUGUUUUGAGUCAGUGUGACAGCUCAUAUGUAACAAAAUACUAUGGGUCAUAUUUAAAGGGGUCUAAAUUAUGGAUAAUAAUGGAAUACCUGGGUGGCGGUUCAGCACUGGAUCUUCUUCGAGCUGGUCCAUUUGAUGAGUUCCAGAUUGCUACCAUGCUAAAGGAGAUUUUAAAAGGUCUCGACUAUCUGCAUUCAGAAAAGAAAAUUCACCGAGACAUAAAAGCUGCCAAUGUCUUGCUCUCAGAACAAGGAGAUGUUAAACUUGCUGACUUUGGAGUUGCUGGCCAGCUGACAGAUACACAGAUUAAAAGAAAUACCUUUGUGGGAACUCCAUUUUGGAUGGCUCCUGAAGUUAUUCAACAGUCAGCUUAUGACUCAAAAGCUGACAUUUGGUCGUUGGGAAUUACUGCUAUUGAACUAGCCAAGGGAGAACCACCUAACUCCGAUAUGCAUCCAAUGAGAGUUCUGUUUCUUAUUCCCAAAAACAAUCCUCCAACUCUUGUUGGAGAGUUUACUAAAUCUUUUAAGGAAUUUGUUGAUGCUUGCCUGAACAAAGAUCCAUCAUUUCGUCCCACAGCAAAAGAACUUCUGAAACACAAAUUCAUUGUAAAAAAUUCAAAGAAGACUUCUUAUCUGACUGAACUGAUAGAUCGAUUUAAGAGAUGGAAGGCAGAAGGACACAGUGAUGAUGAAUCUGAUUCUGAGGGCUCUGAUUCGGAAUCUACCAGCAGGGAAAACAAUACUCAUCCUGAAUGGAGCUUUACCACCGUACGAAAGAAGCCUGAUCCAAAGAAAGUACAGAAUGGAGCAGAGCAAGAUCUUGUGCAAACCCUGAGCUGUUUGUCUAUGAUAAUCACACCUGCAUUUGCUGAACUUAAACAGCAGGACGAGAAUAAUGCUAGCAGGAAUCAGGCGAUUGAAGAACUCGAGAAAAGUAUUGCUGUGGCUGAAGCCGCCUGUCCUGGCAUCACAGAUAAAAUGGUGAAGAAGCUAAUAGAAAAAUUUCAAAAGUGUUCAGCAGACGAAUCCCCCUAAGAAACUUAUUAUUGAUGUCUAUUUCAUACAGUACUAGAGAGACCCACCAAAACUACUUCAAGCUUAACAAUGUUUAACUCAUGAGCUCCAUGUGCCUUUUGGAUCUUUGCAACACUGAAGAUUUAGAAGAAGCUAUUCAACUAUUUUGCGAUGGUGUUUAUCAUUUUAUAUUUUGAAAGGAUUAUUUCCUAAAGAAUAACUUUUAAUAGCAUAGUUUCACCUGUAUUCUAGUAAAUGUUGAGACACCGUUUUGCUUUAAGUAUCACUAUUUCUUAAGUUACUAGGAUGAAUACCUUUCCCGUUUUGACCUUUAGUUAACUUUACACUCCUGAAACAUACAGGUCUUUCAAAGUCAUUCUAAAUAUUCAACUUUUGUAAAUUAUCAAGCUUCAGAAAGCUUAUUUGAAAAAAAAAAAGCCAUGCAUAUUCUAAAAAUUACUGUUGGUGGGGAGGUGUAAAUAAGUCAUACCUUCUUAAAACAAAUUUUUAAUAAAGUCUUAGAAAUUAAACCUGUAAAAGUAUCUUCUUAAAACAAAUUUUUAAUGACAUCUUAGAAAUGAAACCUGUAAAAGUCUUGACUCUUCUACCAAGUUGGCAUGAUAUUCCAAAGCUCAAUGAUAAUCACAUUUGAGACCCUGUGUUUGAAGCAUUUACAGGCAAUGUACAGCAACAGUGGUAGCUCUUGGUGUGUGGUAUUUACAUUCUCUUUUAGGUAGAAGAGGCAAUUUUAACCCUUAUUUAACAUGGUUAGAAAUAGAAAGCAAAAUCAUUUAGCCAAGGAUAGGUGUUUGGUAAUGUUGGAGGAGUUAGUCUGGCUUCAUGUUUUACAUCUUCAACUAAUAGCCCAUACUAUCUACUUGGAUUUGGAGAGCCUAAAAAUAAAGCUGAUUGUCAUGUGAUUAAAUACCUGAUCAACAGGUAUGAAUAUAACUUAUACCAGCAUAUUUUUGCCAUGAUAAUGAAUUGUCCUAUAAACUAUUUAUAUAUUUUUGUUCUUCAUAAUUAUCAGUAAUAAGCAUAAGUUUGUUGUUUUUAAAAGGAUAUUUAAGUGAGCAUUUUCUAGUUCGUAUGAAAACAACCGUAGUAUAGGAUUAUUUCUGUCCACACAAAGACAAGUUAGAUUGCACAGUUAAUUUUCGCUUGUAUUUAUGGUACUAUUGAGUGGGUGAUGACUUUUUUUUUAAAGCCCAGUACAUAUAUUAUGCCUGCCUAAGUUCUGAACUGGGGCUACAUUUCAGUAGUUGUAGAAUUAUUGAUAUUAACUAGUUUCGAUAGUUAAUGUUUUGUUGUUUGGAUCUGUGCAAUUUGGUUUUUGCACAAAAGUCAUUUUUUAAAAAUCUGAGUAAUUGACAAAUAUUAGAAGAAAGAUAUUCCUCCUGUAAGGUAUAGUUUUUCGUCAAAGUGGCCAUUACAUCCUCUUUUUACAUAAUAUAGAUACUUGAGAAAAUUGUGGUGUUAUGUGCUAAGAAAAUUCUUUUCAUUAGUACCUAUACUGUAACAAUUACUUUUAGUGCAUUGUAUUUUGAAGUAAUGGUUCAGUUAAAAAUUUCACCUGCUGUGUAACUGAAACACAAUUAUAGCUUAUAAUCUGUAGAAGUCUGGAAAUAAUUUUGCAACUCAUGCCAUGGAUUAAAUGAAUAUUUUUAUAAAAGUAAAAGCAACAAAUUUAUAAAUUGAUUAUUGGAAACUUUACAACACAAUUGCAUCCCAAAUACAAAUUGUAUUGCUUAUUCAUUAUAGCUUUUAGUCCUGUAAACUUUCUAGGUGAAGCAUACUCCAGUGUUUUGGGGGUUUUGAAAAUAAAUAUUUAAAUUUCACAGUC